AUUAGAAUACAGCCGUUGCUGCCCGUUUGUUGACAUCCGACAUCAUUGAAAGUUCCCUGGUCGCAUCAUUCAUUUCAAUGGCUUCAAGUUACCGCAAACCAGCUCCUGUGGCUGCCCAAAAGAAAAAGCAAAGUCUCAAAGCCGAUCUGUCUGAGGAGCAAAAGCAAGAAAUCAAGGAGGCCUUUGAUCUCUUUGACACAGAUGGAACUGGAACAAUAGACGUGAAGGAGUUAAAGGUUGCCAUGAGAGCUCUUGGGUUCGAACCGAAGAAAGAAGAAAUCAAGAAAAUGAUUGCAGACAUUGAUAAAGAGAGCUCAGGGGCAAUUGACUUCAAUGACUUCCUCAGUAUGAUGUCACUGAAAAUGAGUGAAAAGGACUCCAAAGAAGAAAUAAUGAAGGCUUUUCGGCUGUUUGAUGAUGACUGCACAGGCACAAUCUCAUUCAAAAAUCUCAAGAGAGUUGCUAAGGAGCUGGGUGAGAACCUCACAGAUGAAGAACUACAGGAAAUGAUUGACGAGGCAGACCGAGACGGGGACGGUGAGGUCAGCGAGCUGGAGUUCUUGAGGAUCAUGAAGAAGACCAACCUUUACUGAGCCUGUUGUUCUGGGACCUUUUUUAAGAUUCAUUUUGGAUUCAGAACAGUUUAUACUGUAGCUUUUUUGGGACUUAGCAGAUUUGUUUAGUGUGUACAAUACUUUAACAUACUGUAUCUUUGCACAGCUUUUUCUACAAUGUAAGAAAAUAAAUAUAUUUCAUCAUA